AUGGCGUUUUUAUCUUGCAUUAUUCCGCGUAAUUGUUUCUCUAAACGAUUCCUCAGAUCAUCUUGGUCGCUUGCGAUUAAAGCACAGAGUUCAUCGUCUGUAACAGCGUCGAGCAACAGCAAAGUUUUGCCGUUUGCUGAUAUUCCAGGUCCUAAAGGAACUCUCCAAAAUCUUUGGGGCUAUGCGCUUAACAAAGGCGAGAUUCUUGACGUUUUAUCAAAACGCUUUGAAAGAUUUGGUCCGAUUUACCGCGAGCAAAUUUUGGACACACGAAUUGUCAACAUUUCUGACGUUGAUGCGAUAGAAAAAGUUUUAAACAUCGAACGAGAAUUUCCGAUGCGGCCCGGUUUCGAAGCCCUCGCUGAGAUUGUUGAGGACGACAAUGGUCUUGGGCUCGCAUCAAACGACUAUGAAACAUGGUAUCCGGAAAGAUCCACCAUAUCGCCGAAGUUGAUGCGCCCGAAGGAAGUCAGAGAAUCAUUUCCAGUGCUAAAUACUGUAGCGAAUGACUUCAUGAAGCGAUUAGAUCUCCUCAAGCAGUCCGACGGCGUGGUGGACAAUAUUCGUAAGGAGUUAGCGUACUUUAUGGUGGAAUCGUUUGCUUCUUUUUUUUUCAACCAACGUCUUGGAUUCUACAACCAUCCGCCAGAACCUGCAGCCGUCGCGUUUGUGAAUACGGCUCUUGAUAUGGUUCGUAAUGUUGGGAAGCUUUUUUACACCACUCCUCUAAACAAGUAUAUCAAGACACCGCCAUACUAUCGGUUGAAGAGAAAUCUUGCCACUAUUCCUGCUUUAGGGAUGGAUAUUAUAGAAGAGGUGUUGGCAACGAAGCAGCAAGGACGAGAGAGCGAUUCCAGGAACAAACAAUCAGUGUUUGAAUUGCAGGAUAAACUUUAUCAGCAGAUUGCUUCUGUCGUUGGCCCAAACGAAGAAUUAUCAGCGAAAAAUGUCCCAUCGCUUCUCAAAGCGGCUCUGAAGGAGUCGCAACGCAUGUAUCCAGUCGGAGGGUACAUUGUUCCUCGUCUGUUUCGUAAAGACAUCGAGGUUAUCGGUUACAAUAUCCCAGCUGGUGUGAAUAUUCUCUUGUUCGAACAUCUGCUGUCCAUCGACGAGCGUUAUUAUGGGCAAGACGCGAAGCAGUUCGUACCCGAGCGAUGGCUGCGUGAUGAAACUGGGGAGAAGAAAGAAUUUCAUCCGUUUACUACAUUACCAUUCGGUUAUGGAGUGAGAAUGUGUCUGGGAAGGAGGAUGGCCGAGUCAAUCGUUAUUAUUUUGGUGAGCAAGAUUUUACUAAAUUAUCGUCUAGAAUACGUCGGGGAACCUGAUGUUAGUCGAAGUGUAAUAGAAGGGACCAUGCAACCAAACAAGCCUAUCCUACUAAAGGUCACAUCAAGAGAAAAGGUGACGAUGUAA